ACGUUAAUCUGUUUUGACUUUUGAGACUUACACAGCACAUCUUGUUUUUCCGAAUAUGUCAGGGCGAGGAAAAACCGGCGGCAAGGCAAGAGCCAAGGCCAAGACACGUUCCUCUCGUGCUGGACUUCAGUUCCCUGUUGGCCGCGUCCACAGAUUACUUCGGCGAGGUAACUAUGCCCAACGUGUUGGUGCCGGUGCUCCUGUCUAUUUGGCGGCUGUGCUCGAGUAUUUGACCGCUGAAAUUUUGGAGUUGGCUGGCAACGCUGCCCGUGACAACAAGAAGACCAGAAUCAUUCCUCGUCAUCUGCAACUGGCCGUCCGCAACGACGAGGAGCUCAACAAACUUCUUGGCGGAGUCACCAUUGCCCAGGGUGGUGUGUUGCCAAAUAUUCAGGCGGUCCUUCUGCCCAAGAAGGCCGAGAAACCUCCCAAGGCCAAGUAAAGCAAAGGCAUAAACUGCAACCCCCAAACGGCUCUUUUAAGAGCCAUUCAAUCGUGUCAUCAAGAGUACAAUUCCGUAUUUUACCCAAAGGGAAAUUUUUGAAUGUUACAGUAUACAUCGUAGCUACUCACAAAGACUGCCAGCAGUUGCAAUAAUCGGUAUCUCUGGACAUUUGGAAGUACAUCACGCAGCCAGCAACUCUUGUAUUGUUGUAAAGAGCUAAUUAAACUAAAUCGUACUGUCCACA